AUGUUGAAGCAAUUUGAAGAAUUGAAAUGUUUACCCCUAUACCUAAGCACCACAAACAUAACAUUGUCAAAGACAUCACAAGCCACACCAGCCUCAGUCCCAUGUGCUCUCUGUCGCUACGGCAUUGUCUCUUUCACCAAACUUCCCCAUACGAUACCAACAAGAACAUCAACAUCAAGAACAAGCAUCUCCUUGUCCUUCUGCAGUUGCUCCUCUGAUGUCUUGGACACAGGAGCCCUCCUCACCGACCCUCACUACAGUUGUAAACCGGUUGUUUCAAGAACCGGAUCACAAUCCGUUGGAUCAUCAUCUUUUCGUUCUCUUAGCUGCCGGUUUCCUCCACGUCUCUGCCUCGGUGGCUUGGAUGUUGAUGAACCGCAGAGCCGGUUAAUGAAUGGUUCAUAUUCAAGAACCGGUUUAGGGUCCAGGCGAUCCACGUUGGAGGUUGAAGGCAAACGUUCUUGGUUUUGUGCUCUUAACCAUUGUGUUAACUUACAACCGGUGGAAGUCCUUGCUAACUAA